ACGCCGAAAGCAGCCCUUCCAGUUGCCUUGGCGGGGGAUGGAGGGGCAGGGCAGCGCUGGUGGAGAUUGAAUCUAGUGAUUACUUCAAGGGAUUUGCUGUCUCUUUCUUUAUCCCUCUCUCUCUUUUUCUUUUUUUUUUUUUUGUUUUCCUCUUUUCCCUCCCUCUUAUCCCUUUCGUGGUGCAUUUGUCUUCGAGGAACCUGGGGUGUUCUUUUCAUCAGUUCAGUCUCUCUCUGGCACUUGAGUCCUGAUUGGCUGAAGGACUUAGGGGAAAAAAAAAAUCUUUAAUUAAGUAGAUAAUCUCUUCUUAGGAAGUUCUGCGGCUCCAUUUCAUCAACCCCCUUUAGCUCUUACUUUAGGAUUGGUUACCCUUUGCAGAAGUUGGGAUUCAGGGGGCAUACGCCUCUUCAUCACACCAGGAGCGCCGGGUGAAAAAUAACUCCAUCCCUUCCCUAAUUUUGUUGUGUUUCUUUUUUCUUUUUUUUUUUUCUUUUCUCUGGUGGUGGUGGUACCCAAGGUGUUUUUUGUUGUUUUUUUUUUUUUAGGAUCUCCUUUCUCCUUCUUUAUUUGGAUUUUAUAUUUCACAUGGACCCUUAUCUGGGCAUCUUCUUCCUCACUCCCUUCUUCCAAUCCUGCUGUGCCUGGUCAGUGAAUAAUUUCCUGAUGACAGGCCCCAAGGCCUAUCUCAUCUACUCCAGCAGCGUGGCGGCCGGGGCGCAGAGCGGCAUCGAGGAGUGCAAGUUCCAGUUUGCCUGGGAUCGCUGGAACUGCCCCGAGAGGGCACUGCAGCUCUCCAGCCAUGGCGGGCUGCGCAGUGCAAACCGAGAAACCGCUUUUGUCCAUGCCAUCAGCUCUGCGGGCGUCAUGUACACGCUGACCCGGAACUGCAGCCUGGGGGAUUUUGACAACUGUGGCUGUGAUGACUCCCGCAAUGGACAGCUGGGGGGGCAAGGCUGGCUGUGGGGAGGCUGCAGUGAUAACGUGGGCUUUGGGGAAGCCAUUUCCAAGCAGUUUGUGGAUGCCCUGGAGACUGGACAAGAUGCCAGAGCUGCUAUGAACCUGCAUAACAACGAGGCAGGUAGAAAGGCUGUGAAAGGGACCAUGAAGCGGACUUGCAAAUGCCACGGUGUGUCGGGGAGCUGCACCACCCAGACCUGCUGGCUGCAGCUGCCUGAGUUUCGGGAGGUGGGCACUUACCUCAAGGAGAGGUACCACAAAGCCCUGAAGGUGGACUUGCUGCAGGGGGCAGGGAACAGCGCUGCCAGCCGGGGAGCCAUCGCUGAGACCUUCAGCUCCAUUUCCAAGAAGGAGCUGGUCCAUUUAGAAGACUCUCCUGACUACUGCCUGGAAAACAAGACGCUGGGGCUGCUGGGCACAGAGGGCAGGGAGUGCCUUAAGAGGGGCAAGGCGCUCAGCAAGUGGGAGAAACGGAGCUGCCGGCGGCUGUGCGGGGACUGUGGGCUGGCAGUGGAGGAGAGGCGAGCUGAGAUGGUGUCCAGCUGCAACUGCAAGUUCCACUGGUGCUGUGCUGUGCGGUGUGAGCAGUGCCGCAAAAGGGUCACCAAGUACUUCUGCGUCCGCAAGGAGAAGCGGGAGCGGAGCGGGGGUGGCGGGGCCAGCCGCAAGCUCAAGAGAAAGCUCUAACUUGCCUCUGUUCCUCCAUGGUCCUGCCUGCCCCUCUCCUCUCCUGCCCUCCCCAUCUCCCCAGCAGCCCCCUGGUACCAUUUCCCUUUGGCUUAGUUUUUCUCUCAUUCCCAGUACCGCCUCCCUGGGGCUUGGGCAAGGUAAAAGAGCGCUUAUGAGCCCCUGAGCCUUUGCCUUGUAGGGCGUUUCCCAUUAGUGGGUGAUGACUUCUGGGAAGAACCUCAAGUGUUGACAAAACAAGGUGAGAUUUGGACCCUUCAACCCAGACUCACUCUAUCCAGUGACUAUGGUGUUAUCGCUGAAAACGCAGGUGGUCUCGGUGGCUCCUGCUCUUUUGAGCUUAUCCGUUCCCCACACAAGCCCCUGCUCUGGGCUUUUGAGCAAGUGAGAUCAACACUUAGGAAAGCACAAACAAGCUGAGAUGGCACCACCAGAGUUGGGCAACUCAGAGCAGUGAACCCUAAAACAGAAGAGGCUUCUAGCACCCUAAAAAAAUAGAGGCACCGUAAUAAAUUUGGUAUUGCCUUUUAUUAAGCCCUACACUAUAAGGGAAUAGAAAAGGUGCGCAACUCCUCCCUGCAGCGGGCCAGCCUCCAGGAUGCCCACAGCAUCUAUUCCCAUCCUUUGACAGCUUUGCUAAGCUCUCCAGUGCUUUACUUUGCAUUUGAGAUGGCAGCAGCAAGACAGAAGAUGCUGCCUGACCUGCCCAUUAAACAGCUGUCCAAAAGAGGAGUCCCAUCACUUGCUUUUUAUGUGCUUUCUCUCUAUCUUUUAAGCCUCCAGGUCUGGUCUCCCCUUUCACCCCAAUAUUCCUGCCAAAGCCCUUGACUGAUGCCAUAAAGAUGCCCUCACACUGCUCCAGUCCUUCUUCCCUCCCAGGUCUCUCCCAGAGAGGAGCUGCCAGCUGAGCCCGUUCCCCACCUCCCGGUGUACUUGCCAAGUGCGCUUACCCUGUCAGCUAACUAACCACAUCCUCCUAGUCUGAGAAAAUAAUGUCAGUUACUAUUUAAUGGUGUUGUAAAUAGGAAAGUGAAGCACUUUGAAGUUUAAUUUAUUGCACAGUUACUGUGAUGUAUACGUAACAGUUUUUCGUCUACCGCUUGUUGUAUAUAUUCUAUAGGCUAAGCAAGCAGCAGGAAGGUUUGGUUGAUGCACGUCUUGUUCCCUUGCCAUGGCUCUGGUAAGGAGGGAAGUAGCUGUC